AUGUUGGCUGACGACGCGCCGCCCGACGACGUUCGUGGCGCCAUUUCCGCCCCCGGCGGCGCCAGGGACCUCACCUUGGCCGAUAUCCUCCUUCGCGAUACCCAAUAUGUCUACUCUCUGGUUCUUCUUGUUGCCUUCAUUUCCCUGGCGGCCUGGUACUCUGUCUUCAACUCCAAGAAAGAAGAGGACCUUGUUAUUCCCAAGGUCAAGGGUCCCGGAGGCAAGCCCCUUCCCAUUACCAAGCGCAAGCGUCGCAACGACGGCGAGCGUAAGAUCGGUCCCCGUUUUGGCCGUAUCGCCAAGAAUGUCUUUCGCUAUCUCGCUGCUGUUGUCUUCUUGAGCUAUGUGGCAACUGGUGUUUCCAUCUUUGUCCAUGCCUUCUAUCAUGAGAACCCUUAUAAAUGGUCAAAAGAAGGACUCCCAUGGGCCGGCGAGUGGACUGUGGUUCACGUUGUCGGUUCUACCUUUUUUUAUCUUUAUAUUCUCUUCUCGUUGUUUGACUGGCGCAAGGGCCCCAAUGUUGUCCACCUGGCUAUCUGGGUUCUGGGCCUCAUUGGUGAACUUAUCCUCUUCAUCUCCACCGCCGUCGUUGCCGCCGACUGCCACUUUCUUCGUACCGCCCAGCAAGAUGAUCCCACCAAGGAAGAAAACUGCGUUGAUUCGUGGACAAAGAUUGACCUUGUUCUCUAUUUUGUCCGUCUGUUGCACAUAGUCGGCUCCAUCUCUCUCUUCUGCGUUGCCUGGAUUCUCAAGUCUCGUCGCGUCGACAACCGGGCCGAAGAAGGUCGUGUCGUCACUGAGACUACGCCUCUACUGCUUAAUGGGCAGCCUCGCUCCAUUGACGCUCGGCAGAACUCAGGCUCUGAGGCCAAUGGCCGACGAUCUCGUGGUAGAACUAUUUCCAACGCUGCCAAACCUUCGGGAACAUCCUACGCACGCAAGGAUGACCAAGCCGCCUUCUAUCGACAAAAGAAGAUUCCCCACAAGACAUGGCUGGAGUACGUUAGAGGCUACUCCCUGUUUUUCCCUUACCUUUGGCCCAAGGAUUCUGUGCGGCUACAGCUCCAGGUAAUGCUGUGCUUUGCUCUAGUCAUCCUUCAACGAUUGGUCAACGUCUAUGUUCCUUGGCAGAUUGGCAAAGUCGUCAACGAACUGGAAAAGGUCAUCAGGAGUGGUGAGCCCAUCACUAGCGACAACUUCCCCCUCAAAGACUUUCUCAUUUUGGGCUUUCUCUGGGUGCUCCAGGGACAGUCUGGCCUUCUUGGCUCCCUGCGAUCCUUGCUUUGGAUUCCCGUUUCUCAAUAUUCGUAUCGAGGACUGACAGCUGCGGCCUUUAACCAUGUCCACUCUCUCAGUCUCGAUUUCCACUUGUCCAAGCGCACUGGCGAGGUUCUCUCUGCACUCAACAAGGGCUCUGCCAUCAACGCUUUCCUCGAGCAGGUGACGUUCCAGGUUAUCCCCAUGCUUUUCGACUUGUUCCUCUCAAUCUCCGUCUUCUACUACCAAUUUGGCCCUCUGUACGCCCAACUCAACUUGGUGGACACCUGCUGGUACCUUUACAUGACAAUCAAAAUGGCCGCGACGAGAGCAGACCAGCGACGGGAGAUGACAAACGCCGAUCGCGAAGAAGAAGCGGUGAAGAACGACUCUAUCUCUAGUUAUGAGACAGUCAAAUACUUCAACGCAGAAGAGUACGAGUCCAACCGGUAUCGAGCCAAGGUCGCAGUCUUCCAAAAGGCUGAGGCUCAGGUCCAGGUUGGCAUGGUCCUCAUGAACAUUUGCCAGACUCUCGUCUUCAACUUGGGCAGAAUAGUCGCCGCCUUGGUCUGCGGGUGGCAAGUCUUGGUUGGCAUGCGAAGUACGGGCGACUGGUUCGUCGUCGUGUCUUACCUGACCCAGCUUCAAGGUCCUCUCAACUUCUUCGGCUCCUUUUAUCGAACAGUCCAGCAAGCCAUGAUCUCAGGCGAGCGUCUUCUGGAGCUCUUCAAAAUCCAACCAACCGUUGUUGACUCGCCCAAUGCUGUUCCCCUAGAAAACUUCACUGGACAUGUUCGAUGGAAGGAUGUGAGCUUUUCCUAUGACGCUCGAAGACCUGCUUUGCGUAACAUCAGCUUUGAGUGCGCCCCGGGAACUACAACUGCCUUUGUUGGCGAGUCUGGUGGUGGCAAAUCUACCCUGUUCCGACACAUGUUCCGCUACUAUGACUGUGACCAGGGCAGCAUUGAGUUCGACGGCAAGAAUGUCAAGGAUCUCACAAUCAACUCGGUUCGCCGCCAUAUUGGAGUCGUCCCCCAGGACACUACCCUCUUCAACGAGACUCUCAUGUACAACCUCAAGUAUGCCAACCCUCAAGCCACCGAUGAAGAAGUGUUUGCUGCCUGCGAGGCUGCUAGCAUUCAUGAGCGCAUCAUGUCAUUCCCCGAUGGUUACAACACCCAGGUUGGAGAGCGAGGACUCAGACUCAGCGGCGGUGAGAAACAGCGAGUGGCUAUUGCCCGUACCAUCCUCAAGGAUCCUAGAAUUAUCAUGUUGGAUGAAGCCACCUCUGCCCUUGACUCGCACACGGAACAAGAGAUUCAGAAGAAUGUUUGCAGCAUCGGUCAGGGACGGACACUGCUCAUCAUUGCACAUCGAUUGUCCACCAUCACUCAUGCUGACCAAAUCAUCGUGCUCCACGCUGGUACGAUUGUUGAAAAAGGAAAUCACGAAGACCUUCUCGCUGCCAAGGGUAUCUACUACUCCAUGUGGCAGAAGCAAGUCACAGCCGAGCGCGCCUUGGAUGUCGCUAGAGAAGCUUCCUUGCAAGCCAAACGAGCUAUGAGAGCCGCAAACAUGGGCGUUAAGAACAAAUCAGCAGCCCAGAUUGACGGAUAUGAGAGUCACGGCUCUGCUACUGAACAGCCUCAACUUAGCGGCGAGGCCCAUCCUUCAGCAUCUUCGUCGGACAACGAGUCGACUCACGAAGAGGAGCGGCCUACCGAUCGCAAGUAG